GCAAAAUUUCAAAAUGGCGACCGAUUCAGAGAAGAAUUUCCUUGUGUGUAAGCUCUGAAUUAAACGUAAAAGAAUCUAGCUCUGGCCUCACAAUAUGACGCUAGGUGGAGGGCCAGAGGAUGUCUCUCAAAGGAAGAAAAUUUUGGCUGAAAAGCUAUCAAAGGUAACAAGGUUUAGGUCAAUUUUUAAUGGCUGUCAAAUUGUGAAAAUUUCCCUCUGUUGCUGCACUCUGUUUGAUUGCUGGAACUAUAUUGAUAAAUAAUAUAUACUUUUAUUUCUGUACAGGAGCAAACCAAUUUAUCGUUCCUCGAGGAAAGCCUCACUAAAAGUGAACAAUUGACACAAAACAUGGUAUGUUUUGGAAAUGGUAAUUUGCCUGUUUUGGCAAGGCAAGGCUGUCUUGUGGCUUGCAGGAUUGGGUGUAUGAUGCUUUACCGUGCAUAAUACAUUGCAACUAAGGCCUGUUUAUUAUAUAAAGUAUAGUGCUUUAUAGAGAUUUCGAGCACUGAUAAAACUGAUAAUCUCACAUGUAAGAUUAUUUAUGAUAAUUUCAUAUGUGAAAAUUAUCGCUUUUCAGUUAUCACUUUUCAAAGACUGUCCUUUAUAUAAUAAAUGGAGAAUACAUGGGUGCUUGGAAAUACCAGAAUUAUUUCGAGUGUUGAACAUGAUAUCUCACUCGUGAGAUAUCAUGUUCAACACGAGAAUUUGAUUUAUUUUAAUCAGGCAGAUUUAUUUCUCGUGUUGAACAUGAUAUCUCACUCAACACUUGGAAUAAUUCUGGUAUUUCCAAGCACCCAUGUAUUCUCUAUUUCAAACGCCGUGCUUGACAUGUGCAGAAUACAUUAAUGUAUGGCAUAUGAAACAGGCCUAACUCCAAUCAUCCGUAAAAACCAGACUGAAAUAUUUCACUUUGCACAGAAAUUAUUCUUUAGAAAAUUGUGCAGAAAUGUCAGACAUAUUCACAGAAAAUUUACGCCAGACCAAGGGAUCUUGCAGUCACAGUAUUUUUGUCAAAUAGAUCAGAAAUCUGCUUGGUUUUUAGUUCACAAAUGCAUUUUGUGCAGAUUCUUCACAAACUAUUUGCAGUUUAUUACAAUUUGCAAAACUUUGCACAGAAAUUAUUCUUUAGAAAAUUGUGCAGAAAUGUCAGACAUAUUCACAGAAAAUUUAUGCCAGACCAAGGGAUCUUGCAGUCACAGUAUUUUUGUCAAAUAGAUCAGAAAUCUGCUUGGUUUUUAGUUCACAAAUGCAUUUUGUGCAGAUUCUUCACAAACUAUUUGCAGUUUAUUACAAUUUGCAAAACUUUGCACAGAAAUUAUUCUUUAGAAAAUUGUGCAGAAAUGUCAGACAUAUUCACAGAAAAUUUAUGCCAGACCAAGGGAUCUUGCAGUCACAGUAUUUUUGUCAAAUAGAUCAGAAAUCUGCUUGGUUUUUAGUUCACAAAUGCAUUUUGUGCAGAUUCUUCACAAACUAUUUGCAGUUUAUUACAAUUUGCAAAACUUUGCACAGAAAUUAUUCUUUAGAAAAUUGUGCAGAAAUGUCAGACAUAUUCACAGAAAAUUUAUGCCAGACCAAGGGAUCUUGCAGUCACAGUAUUUUUGUCAAAUAGAUCAGAAAUCUGCUUGGUUUUUAGUUCACAAAUGCAUUUUGUGCAGAUUCUUCACAAACUAUUUGCAGUUUAUUACAAUUUGCAAAACUUUGCACAGAAAUUAUUCUUUAGAAAAUUGUGCAGAAAUGUCAGACAUAUUCACAGAAAAUUUAUGCCAGACCAAGGGAUCUUGCAGUCACAGUAUUUUUGUCAAAUAGAUCAGAAAUCUGCUUGGUUUUUAGUUCACAAAUGCAUUUUGUGCAGAUUCUUCACAAACUAUUUGCAGUUUAUUACAAUUUGCAAAACUUUGCACAGAUUUUCAUAGUCGCAAGAACCUUUGUGUAAGAAAUUGAUUUCCUCCAAAGCCAAAACUUUGCAGUCUGGCUUGGUUGUUUCUAGGCAAGUAAAUGCAGACUACAUUCUUAUUCAAUUCAUGGUAAUAGCAGAUGAUGCAAAUUUCCUGACAAUGAAUUCAAUCUGUGUGAUUUCAGCUUGGCAUCCUGUCAUCUUUUGACAGCCGCCUCAGUAAACUAGAGGGAAACAUUCUGCCUGUUCAUCGAGAAACUGUUGAAUUACAGAGAAUGCAGAAAAGUAUCCUUAGAUGAUGUGCAUAAGGGAAGCAUCAGAUAUACAAAAAAAAACAUUGUGGUCAAGUUUAUUGAAGGAUUUGUUUUGAAAGAUUUGUGAGAUUCAGAGCAUUUCAUCAAUAUUUUUUACUUUUUUAAUUGAGUGUUUUGAAGCAUAUAUUUCAGAAAAACACAUCAUGCCUACAAAUCCCUCCCUCCCAGAUGUCAUAUUGCCAUCUUUUUGGUAGAAACAACUCUUCAAUUAUUUAUGCAUUGAGCUGCAAUGAGUUUAUAUUACUGGUACAUUUCUAGACAUUUACAAUGUUUAGCAAACAUAAUUGUUUAUAAAUUAUCAAAAUUGAAAUCCAUAUUAUUAGUUGUGAUGGCACAUGUUUUGACUUACAGUAUUUUAUCUCACAAAGAUACUAUAAUCAAAUUAGUGUAUCUUUACAUAUAAGCAGUUGUUUUUUGUUUUUAAACCUAAAAUGUAAUAGUCUUAACCCAGUUGCAUGGUGCCAGUACUCUCCCCUUGAUGAAUAAAAUCAUCUGGCAUUAGGAAUAUGGUAAUUUCUUUGUUUGUGACUUACAUUCAUGAGUUGUAGUUGUGCACAUAGUACCUGUAGUUUCUUGAACUGUCUAUCAGAUAUUGAUAAAGUGUUGCGUGGCUUGGAUAAUGUCAUUAGUUAUCAUAACGUUGCUUCCAGUGAAGAUCAAGAUAUCAGAGAUGGGUUAGUACAUGUUUCCACAUUGUUAAACUAUUCAAAGUUAUUUUUUCUUCAUGAGGCUUGCCUUAUUGACUCAUGUUUUAGCCUGCCUGCAUGUCAUAACUUGUGUUUGUCUUUAUUUUAAUGCAAGACCUGGUGCAGAUGUGGACAGUUACUUACGAAGCUUAGAAAGAGUUCAAGAUGCCAUUGAGUUCUUUGAAAGAAACAAUCCUAACAGUCCUGAGUUAUCUCUCCUGGUGAGUUUGAACAACAACAACGACAGCAGUAAAAUCAACAGAAACAAUAGUAGCAACAACAACAACAAAGAACAACAACAACAGCAACAACAACAACAACAACAACAACAACAACAACAACAACAACAACAACAAAGAACAACAGCAACAACAACAACAACGAAGAACAACAACAACAGCAACAACAACAACGAAGAACAAGAACAACAACAAAAACAACAACAACAACAACAACAGCAACAACAACAGCAACAACAACAACAAAGAACAACAGCAACAACAACAGCAACAACAACAGGAUCAAUAACAACAACAACAACAACAGCAACAGGAUCAACAACAGGAUCAACAACAGCAUUAACAACAACAGCAACAGGAUCAACAACAGCAUCAACGACAGAAUCAACAACAGCAUUAACAACAACAGCAACAGGAUCAACAACAGCAUCAACAACAGCAACAGGAUCAACAACAGCAUUAACAACAACAGCAACAGGAUCAACAACAGCAUCAACAACAGCAUCAACGACAGGAUCAACAACAGGAUCAACAGGAUCAACAAGAGGAUCAACAGGAUCAACAACAGGAUCAACAACAACAAUAGUAGCAACAACAACAACAAUGACAACAAUAAUAACAACAGCAACAACAAACAAUAGUAACACCAACAACAACAUCAACAAUUGACAAAAAACACAAAAUAAGCUUUUUAACAAGUUGAAUGAGAACAAAAACAACAACGAUCAUAUGAGCAAUAAUUACAUAAGCUUCAACUUUAGUUAUUUUGUUUCCAGACAUCCUUGAUGGAAACAGGUCGGGAGCAAAUGGAAAGAUCUUUUAGAAAUUUAUUAACUCGAAGCAGCAGUCCUGUAACAGCAAACACGUUGCUAGACAUAUUGAAUGCAGGAGAAGGUAGCAAAUCUAUCUAAUUUUUACAAAUUUAUUGCAGCUCAUAGAUUACUUUGAAGAAAAAUAUUCACUUGUCAUAUUUACAUAAUAUUUGUGUUUUACUCUUAGAGAUUCAAGAAGGAGAAGCAGGACCUCAGCUGAAGCAAAUAAAUGGUAUUGUAUAGUUUGCUAGCUAAUACUACCAGUGCAUCGGUUUAGGGGCAGUUCAACCAAAAUUUUCUUUAGGUGCAUUUUUUCCAGAUAAAGCAGUGGGGAAAAGUGUGCUUUUCUAACUAUUUGAAACACAAGCAGGAGUGCUUUAUCAGAUAUAAAACGUCUAAUUUCUCCUUGUAUUUUUUUUUCUGUGUUGGUGUUGUGCACUCAGGUGAAUAUGAUGUUUGUGAUGUUACUCUGAGUGUAUAUCCACCACACCGGACGAGCUUGAAAAAUAUGCCCGGCCACGGUGGGAAUCAAACCUACGACCUUUAGAAUACUAGCCCAAUGCUCUGCCAACUGAGCUACGCGGUCAGGUCGGUUCAAGUAAGUGAUAUUUCGGAACAGAAUCUAGUUCCUUCGAUACCAAUGUAAUCUAGUAAUAUGAUUUCUUCUUGUAUUUUUCCUUACCAACAAAAGCUUGUAUACAUGCAUGGGUAUAUACUGUUAAAAUAAAACAAAUAAUUUAUAUUGUUUCUUUCAUCAAUCUUAUCAGAUGAAGUGAUUGAUGAUUUAAGCAAGAUUGCUACAUGGUUGGUUCAGGAAACGAAGAGUAAUGGUCAGUUUGUUAGCUUUUGUGAAUAUGAACAUUUCAGCCAGUCAAUAACUGAGCUCACCCAAAUAGACCAGAAAGUCUUGGCUAUAGAGCCAAGAUUGUGAUGUCAAGAUUGUGAUUAGAUAUCUGCUUUAGAGACGUCCUUUACCUUGUUGGCGAUGAUCAUAUUCUAUACAGAUCUUUUUAUCAUUGUACACAUUGUACACAUAGGUGUACAACAUAUGGGGUGGUGCUGUCUGCUGGCUGAGUACUGUCUAGAAGACUGUAUUACGUUGUUUUUGUUUUUUAGAUUUUCUGAAUGUAUAUGUACAAAUUAGGUCCAAUAUGUUGGACAAAACUUUACAAGGGUAGGUUUUAACAUUUAUUUAUAUAUAUAUUUUGAUUUACCUCAAAAAACCACAACAGUCUGUUUCAUCCGUAUAGGAUGAAACAAAUUGUUGAAACAUAUGGAUGAAACAGACUGUUGUGGUUUUUUUGAGGUAAAACAAAACAUGUUUUGUAAACCAAACACAAACAGUGCUCAAUACCAUAUAGAUAGAGCAUAAUAUAGUUUUUCGUUUUACCUCAAAAAACCACAACAGUCUGUUUCAUCCGUAUAUAUAUAUUUUAAGUUGUGUAAUUGUACACUCCGUAAUAUGUUAAAAUGAAAAUGUUCUAGAGUAUGUAUUAUAUAAUUUCCAUACCCAGCGCAAGCAGAAAGAUGUUGUCUGCCGCGGCUGGUUGCAGGUUCAAGACCCAGCCGCUGCAGACAACAUCUUUCUGCUUGCGCUGGGUAUGGAAAUUAUAUAAUACACACUCUAGAACAUUUUCAUCUUAAUUUAUAUAUAUAUAUAUAUAUAUAUAUAUAUAUAUAUAUAUAUAUAUAUAUAUAUAUAUAUAUAUAUAUAUAUAUAUAUAUAUAUACAGGGUGUAUCAAAAAAAGCGCAAUCCUCGAUUGAAAUGUAAAUUGCUAAACAAAUAAUAGACGAAAACGUUAAAGUUUACAUUCAUUUUAAAGCGUAGCCAUUCAGCUUUCUAACAGUGGGUUGCUUCUUAAAUUUGACUCAUUGGUUCGCGGGUAAUAAUACUUUACGUUAUUGCGAUUGGAGAUUAAAAAAAUUGAGAUGGAAUAACAAAUCGUUCUCAUGAAAAUAACUGAUUUUUCAUUAAAACAAAAAAAUGUUGCAUUUUAUUAAAUGGAUUGUAACAAUAAGUAUAAUUACGGCUUUUCUUCCACUAUUUUUAACUCAGUUUGAAACUUCAAAUGCGAUAUAAUUUUGGCUUGGACCAUCUAAGCUGACUGACAUCAACUUGCUAUAAUUUCUGUUUACAUUACAUCGCAAUUCGAUGACAUUCUCUUAUAUAUAUAUAUAUAUAUAUAAUUAUAUAUAUAUAUAUAUAUACUGUAUAUAUGUGAGUGCUUCCAGUUUGACUCAGCGGAGCUAUUCUGGUUUCCUUCUAAACUUGAUUUUGAUGAAUGACGCUUGACCUCCAUAGAAAACAUGAGAAUGAUAUAGUUAAAGGGUAUUUGUGGUGUUUUUUACAGAUUGAUUGAGGCUCAUUCUCAAGGAAAAGUAGAGAGUUAUUCACCAGCCAAUAUUGUAAGUUGAACUUUAGUUUGUUCUGAUUUGUGUUCAUAAUCUUGUAUUGAAACAAAAUGUGUGUUUACUUUAAAUAUUGGAAGAUAUUGGUAAAGUCAAACGUCAUUAGUAAUUUUGUUAAUUUGCUUAUGUUUAUUCAGGUGGUAAAUACAACCAAGAUAAAACAUACAACAGGUAACCAGGGGCGGAACUUGAGGGGGGUAUGGGGACACGUGGCAGAUUAACCUUAUGUCUUAAAUUGCAGGCACUGCUCCACAAAGGAAAUCUACGUUGAAAAGAAGUGUGGUACGUCGAGUGCCAUCUAAAACCUAUGAAUAUGGUAAAAUAUAUUGUUGCUUGACGUAUGAAUAAGUUCCAAUUGUUGCAUGUAUCGUAUUUGGGAAAUAUUUGGGAUCAGUUUUGCAUACUUCACAAUGUAGCUUGGCUUAGCCAGUGAUUUCAGCUAUAGACUAAAUUAUGCCACAGCUAGAAAGAGUGUUUUCGAAUGAGUAGAACUGCAAAGAUUGGCUGCUAAAUAUUGUAAAAUGAAGAAAAUAUAGCCCUGUGAAGUUCGCAAAUUUUGUAUAUAUUUGUAUUACGCGCGGUAAAAAUAACCACUAUCGGCUCAAAAGUGGUUAUUUUUCCCGCGCGUAAUGCGAAUAUAUACAAAAUGUGUGAACUUCACAUGGCUGUAUUUUCCUCAUUUUACAACAAUUCGCAACCAAACUUUGCCAUUUGGUGAUGGAUUUCGUUCUUGUCUAGAUGAAACUGGAAUCAUUCAUUGAUAAUGAGGUUGGAUGAGUUUUGAAAAGAAUUUGUGUAUUUUAGGAGGAAGUAGAAAGAUUGGAUCUCCCGCUCCAAUGUUCGACUCACCUGGUCAGAAGGAGGAGGAAGAGUAAGAGAAAUCUCCCAAUUUUUCUCUCCAAAACCAUCAUUGAUAUCAUCGCGAUUGAAGUUUACAAUAUGUUAAUAUCCGGAGUGUGUUUCGUCUUAUAUAUCGUGAAAUUGUGUGUUUGUCAAGGAUUUUUGACGCAGUUACUUUGAUGAAAUAAAAUGUUCAUCAUCAUCAUUAACCCAUGGAGUGACAGCCCUUUUACCUUGACGAGUAAAAUCGUUCAAGUCUCCUCUUUUACACCUAAAACAAUCUUGUACUUACCGUUUUUAGUGAAAUUGAAGCAGGCCGAUUAAUAACACUUUGUGGUGCUCUCCUGAAACUGUUGCAGGUAUUUAUUGUUUAAUCCUUUAUUUCAAAAUCGUCAACUUUCUUUCACUCUCUAUAUUUCUAACUAUUUCUCCUUUUAUUCCAUUUUCCAAUCCGAGUUCACAUCAUCAAUCUUUCAUCUCACUAUUGAAAUCUUCAGGUCCGGUGUUUCCAGGCUCAGUUCUUGUUCAGGGUUCAAGUUGCGUAAAUUUAUAGUUUUUCCUGCACAUAUCAAAUUUGAGCACGAACAUUUCAAUUCUGUGGUCGGAUUGGAAAAUUAAGUGGCACAUUAUUUUUACAGCAAAAGAUUAUAUUUUAGAGUGAACAAAGUCUUAUUGAAGUUAUUAUUCCUGAAAAUCAUCAAAAUAACAUCUUUGAUGUGUUGAUUCAGAGCUCGAUGGAAACACUGGUGUUCGAAGGAGAGGUUCGUUGGAUUCUUACAAGUUCUACAAUUCUGAUGAUUAUUGAUUUAGUGUCAGAAGCUCAUGAUACAAACAGACAAGCAAGGUUUCCCUAACAAGUUUUAUCUGCUCGUGUGUUCGGCAAAAGGAGCCUUGUUCCAAAGCUAGUCAUGCCAGGUUUUGGCCAAGGAAAACUUGACAAAUGCACACGAAAUACUUCUAUGGUUUUGGCAAACGAAAGGCGGCUUUGACGUGAAAUAAAUGUUUAACAAUUUUCCCUGCACACGAGAAAGUAAACUUGUCCAGGAAAUCUUGUUGACAGUACACAUGAGAAAGUAAACUGGUCAAGGGAAACUUGUCAAGGAAAUCUUGUUGACCGUACUGUACGUACUGUAUACACACGAGAAAGUAAAUUCGCCAAGGAAAACGUGCUCUUCUGCUCGAACAUAUACUGUAAUUUUGCGUAGAUUUAAGCGAGCUGUAUAUAUUGUUUUAUGUAGGGUAUGGCAAACUCAGCUCGGAAAUUGAUCGCGAGGCGAGAAUAUUUUUCACUUCUUCCUUUGCUGCCAGUUCUCAAAUAUCUUGGAUCUGUUCUCAUCAAGUUUUCACUAGUUUUAAAGGUAUGUAAGACCGUAUACGCAUCGGGAGACGGGGCUGGACCAAUCAGAUGUGUUUGAUAUAUCCAAUUAACCAAUCGGAUGUGUUUGAUAUAUCCGAUUAACCAAUCAGAUGCGUUUGAUAUAUCCGAUUAACCAAUCAGAUGCGUUUGAUAUAUCCGAUUAACCAAUCAGAUGCGUAUACUAAGCCAGUGAGAGAUGGUGGUGAAAUCUGAACCUCUAUUGUCUGUGUGUCGCCACUAUCCUUAUGGAAGUGCAAUAUUUUUAUUAUCUAUAUCUUAAGGGUGUUCGUCAGGCAACGCAGGCCACUAUAACAAGUCUUUUCAUGAAUUUGGAAGUUGUGGUGAGUAGAGUUUAAGUUGUACAAGUACUUUUCACAACAUGAGCGGACCGUGAAACGUCUUGAUGAGAACAUUCGUAUUCUUCAACAAUUUCAAAUAAAUAAAUGAUAUUUGUUUAAAGAUAUUUGAUAUUUAUUUAACUUAAAGUUUAUGUAAAUCAACAUGAUUUUGUAUCAGAUAUACAAAAUCCUUCACGCUCAUGAUUUCUUUUGUGUUUUUUUCGUGAAUUAUUAAUGAGUUUCACAAUGAGUUUUGCACCAUGGCCUAACCCUUGAACAAUUGAAAUUGUUUCUUAUAGGGGGCGAAAGCUCUGGAAGAUUUUACUGAGAAUAUAAAGGUUAGUCUUUAUUGUAUAAACAUGAACAAUGUUUGUAAUAUUUUCUUGUUUGUACACUACAAACUUUGCUAGCAAUAUGAAUCAAGUUGUUAUCAGCUUGUUACAAGGUUGAUGACGGUAACAGACUUGCUACAAGUUGUUCCAACAACAUUAAUAUAGACUGUUCGUAACAAGUUGCUACGAGCUUGUCGUCAUCAAUUUGUUAACAAACGAUAUCAAACAUGUUGGAACAACUUGUUGCGAGUCUGUUGGCCUCAUCAACCUUGCUACAAGAUGACAACUUGUUCCAGACAACAAGCUGUGACAUUUUUACCCGUGUAAAUAGUAAUGUUCCUUUAUACUUCUCUGUAUUUUCACUACAGCACGAUCCAGACAAGCAGUCAAAUAUGCCAAAAGAUGGAACAGUUCACGAGCUUACCAGCAACGUAUGUUGUGCACCAUUAUAUAUCAUUUCUUUUGGUCUCCCCUUUAUCACAGUACGUAUUAUGCCACUGGUCAUGUAUCAAUUAUUGCAUAAAUAAUUUUUUACGUCAACCUACUUUAGACGCUGAUAUUUUUGACGCAUUUGCUCAGCUAUACUGACACUGUGGGAAACAUGCUCAAUUCUCAAGGUAAGAGAGUCAUGGAGAUCUUGCGCUUGAGACCAGAUACAUGUCUGGACACCAUCUUUGAGGAAACUGACUCGGUGUUAAACACUUACGCCUGUGUUCUGAAAGCUCACUCACACUCAAAGAGUGGAGGUUCAAUCUGAUCUUCUCUUGAGUGUCAAUGCUGUCUUUGAAUAGCUGGAGAGUGAGUAGUCGCAUGGUAAGGUAUGACACUAACCAUCCAGCUAUUCAAAAACAGCAUUGACACUCAGGGAAGCUCAGAUUGAACCUCCACUCUUUGAGUGUGAGUAAGCUUUCAGAAUACAGACUUGAGUCAGUUCCCUCAAACGUUUCUUAUAAAUCCUUCAAAACUUAGAAUUUACCUAUGCAAAAUUCCUACUGUGAUCACAGAAACUUUGAUCUGUUUGUCGGGAAUGACUAAAUGUUUCCCGUUAACAUUGAACCCGAAUGCUUUUUCUUUUCCAAUUUUAGAUCAAGUGAUAGAUCCGCGUACAAGUGAGGUGGAGUCACCGAAAACAACUGUUGCUAAAUAUAUCUGUGAGUCACCAUAACAAAAUAUUUUAAACAAAACAACUAUGAUUGUUUACGACCAGCACCACCACCACCUUCAUUAUCACCAUCACCACCAUUAUCACCACCACCACUGUCACCACCACCAUUAUAUCACCACUAUCACCACCAUCAUCACCACUAUCACCACCACUAUCACCACCACACUAUCACCACCACACUAUCACCACCACACUUUCAUCUCCACCACCAUCAUCGUCACCAUUAAUCACCACCAUCACCAUUGACCAUCGUCAUCACCAUUGACCAUCGUCAUCACCAUUGACCAUCGUCAUCACCAUUGACCAUCGUCAUCACCAUUGACCAUCGUCAUCACCAUUAAUUAGCAUUUUCCUAAAAGAGAUCACAGUGGAUUCUAGGAUUGUUUGGAGGGACAAAAUAUAUGGUGACAGGCGUCAAAUAUGUGCAAGAGUAGAACUAUCUACUAUUUCAAAUAUCAACUUUUUCGAUGACCAAAAAUGAAAUAUUUCCUUUGUACAUUAAACAUUUAAUUUAAAUGUGCGAUGCCAUAUUUCUUGUCCCUCCAACAUGGGAUUCGCCAGGACUUUGGGAAAUGGCUAAUUCAUUAACAAGAUAUUUUCUGUUUCUUAAGCUCGUGUCCUCGGAGCUCUGGGAUUGAAUCUUGAACUAAAAUCGAAAAGUUAUGUUCACAUCGCCGGGCAACCGGCUUUAUCAGGAAUAUUCCUACUCAACAAUUAUAACUAUAUUUUGAAAAGACUUCAAAGGUAGGUUACUAUUAACUUUUUAAUCUUUCGAUUUAUAGAUUUAUAUUCACUUUUUAAUCUUUAAUCGAUUCUCAUCAACUCGGAACAAGUUUAAGCUGGUUCAAAUUUUGAUGAGACUUGAUGAGAGUUUUCGCUACGUGCACGGUAAUAUCCAGUCAACUCUCAUGCAACUCUUGUUCUCGUUUGACCGGGGCAUGAGAGUUGAGAAAAGUCUCGUGCAAACUCUCGCUUCUCAACUCUCAUCAACUCUCAUGCAAACUCUCGCUUCUCAACUUUCAUUAACUCUUAUGCAACUCUUGUUGUCGUUUGACCGGGGCAUGAGAGUUGAGAAAAGUCUCGUGCAAACUCUCGCUUCUCAACUCUUCUCAACUCUCAUGCAACUCUUGUUUUCAUAUGACCGGGACUUAAGAAUAACGAUGUUUUUCUAUGAAUUUAGUGUGUUUAUAUGAUAACAUGCUAUAUACAAUGUUGUUUGUAGGACUGGGGUUUUAUUACUCAUGAGCGAAGGGGGUUCCAUUGAGAUUGAAAGUCAAUACAUGAAACUUAUUGAAGAACAGAAAGUUAGUUACCGGAAAGGGUACGUAAAAAGUACUUGAGACAAAUGCUAUCAAUGGGCGCGUAACACUUUUAGCAUCCAUGUUCCCCAUUCACUCAUUGUUUUCAAGUCACCUUUAUUUUUCAGUUGGAAUAAGGUUAUGAGCUACCUACUAGAGACGGACAAGCCGUUCACUCAGAGUAAAGAUGCCAAAGUGAGUCAUUGUGAACCUUAGUUGAACUAAUUCGACAUAACCGGAGACUUUAUUUACUCUAUAUAUUCUAGGUUGGUCAAAAGCAAAAACAACUUAUUAAAGAUAAAUUCAAGGUAAGAUGUUCGUAUGAUGUUUGUGAUGUUACUCUGAGUGUAUAUCCACACCGGGCGAGCUUGAAAAAUAUGCCCGGCCACGGUGGGAAUCGAACCUACGACCUUUGGAAUACUAGCCCAAUGCUCUGCCAACUGAGCUACGCGAUCAGGACGGUUCGAGUAAGUGAUAUUUCGGAACAGAAUCUUGUUCCUUCGAUACCAAUGUAAUAUAGUAAUAUGAUUUUUUCUGUGUUGGUGUUGUGUACUCAGGUGAAUGUUCGUAUGUUCAAAGACAAAAGUUUGACUCGAUCAAUCACCCUAGGUUUUCGUCGACCUUCUUGGUUAAUCUGGUUCUCUUUCUUUACAGACGUAGCACCCUUGGCCCAAAAAAAGAAAGGCCCUUACUGGACCUCUAGGAACGACAGUUUACAGAGCCAGUUAUCCAGUAUAACUAGAGUUAAACUCGGACGGUUUUUUCCGACGGAAAAUAUGUCGGCCAAUCAUGUUUUACAAAAUUUUCUUUCUGCGGAAAAUGUUUCUGAGUGAAAAUGGCCCUUUACUGAAGUUGUUAAGGCAACUGAUAAAACUCUCCAAUAUAAAUCAAUUUAGUUUAGGUUUCUUGCUGCAAUUCCACUGGACCAAUAAGGAACGGCCGUUACUGCACCUCUAGGAAGAACAGUCAAAGUUCGACUAUCCCCGAAUAUGAUUUUUGGUUUGUGUAGUAUUUGGGUCAUUCUAAGAAGAAAUGUAAUAUAUCUUCAUUGUAAAAAAAUUCAUCUUGACCAACUUUUUCACGGUCAAAAUUUCCGGAUAUGAUGUCAUUAGGUGAAUUUUUGGAGCAAAAAAACAAAGGAAAAGUAAUUUGCAAUUCACCUAAUGACAUCAUAUCUGGAAACUUUGACAGUGAAAAAGUUGAUCAAGAUGGGAUUGUUUAUUAUAAAGAAAUAUUACAUUUCUUCUUCGAAUGACCCAAAUAUUACACAUGCAGAAAAUCAUACUUGUGGUUAUAGUCUAUUUAUAACUUAGUUUUAUUUACUACUCCGCGGAUGGAGCUAUCCAUGCAGUGUAUAUAAAGAAAGUAAUUCACCAAUAUUUGUCAUUUCAGGGUUUUAACAGUGAGUUUGAAGACAUCUGUCAAACACAAAAGACGUAUGCUGUACCAGAUGAAAAACUGAGAGAUCAAUUACGUCAAGAGAAUAUAGAUUCAAUUGUACAAACUUACCGCGCUUUUCAAGAGAAGUAAGCAACAGUUAUGGCACCACUACAUUACAGUGUAUAAGCAUCACCAAUACACCAUCAUCAUUUACUGUACCAUCAUGAUCAACACCACCAUUAUCAUUAUCAUCAUCACUAUUAUCAUCAUCAUCACAAUAUUUGGAACCACAACGUUUGUCACCAGUAAUAUUACCAUCACCAUCAUUAUUUACUAUACCAUCAUGAUCAACACCACCAUCAUCAUCAUCAUCAUCAUCAUUAUCAUCCUUUGGAACCAAAACUCUAUUUGGUACCAAUACUGUCAACAGUAAUAUUACCAUCAUUAUCACCAUCAUGAUUACUAACUUUAUUUAUUUUUACUAAAUAGCUAGAUCAGUUCUAAAAGCUGUUCUCUCUAUAGAGUCAAACUGGAAGCACUCUUUUUACAUGCGUCUGAGGCGAAUAGCUAUCAAACAACUGCAUAUUGUAGAAUUGAACCUCGUUUACAGAGGCGAAAAGCACAUGAAUUGACCAUCAUCACCAUCAUUACUCCUUUUGAAGUUAAGCAGCAUUCACAUUGGUAUAUAUUUUAGACACAUCAAUCCGCCAAUCUAUAUUUGUUUCAGAUACACGGCUAUACAAUUCACAAAGAACGUAGAGAAAUACAUCAAGUAUACACCAGAAGAAGUUGAGAAGCAAUUGUCAACUCUGUUUGAUUUAUCGGCUUGAAUUCGGAACUCAUCUAUCCUGGAGCCGAGGUGUCAAGUGAGUAAAAUUCGGCAACUCGUCCUUUGAACAGUGUUCAGAGAUCGUAUGGAUUUAUAGAAAACCAGAAAAUGAAUAAUCCACAAAUUGUAAAUAAUUUGCAAAUGUUUAAAAUGAAUAAGGAAUAAUAGAUUUCGCUCCCACCACUGUUCAAUGGUUUUUUUUUUCUAUUUUCUUUGUAUGACGGUUCUGGUCAGCUCAUGAAAGAUUUU